UACGGAAACCCGUUUUUACUUCCGAUACAAUAAAUAAGCAGGAUGCUUUGUAUGCGAUGUUUUUUGAAAAAUUAAAUAUGUACGAAUUUAAAGAUAAUAAGAAAAAAAAUCUGAGCAUUUUGUCACAUACAGGGGUCCCAGGUUCGAUUCCCCAUCCGAUCCUCAAACCCUCCUUGUUCCCCUUCCCUAAUCCCGCGUCGCACAAGACUUCUUAGCACGUCCUCCUGUCAUAACUUUCUUUCUGUCAUCUGAGGCGUUGCUUUCUUACCAUUUUCUCUUCCCGUCAAGUGCCGUGAAAAGCAAGGUUCAUUUUCUAAAUAUUUCCUUCUGUGCCCUUUAACGCUGCAUUUUUACAGGGCAGUUAAUCGGCUUGAGCAAACAGCAGAGCAGAGCGGAGCACUGAUACUGUCGUAUUGAUGAACGUUCGAUCGAUGCACUGCUGAAGGCUGCCAAAGAGCUUCCGAGAGUAGCGGAAGAUCUGUUGUAAGCUUUUGCUGGACAGUGAAGAGGCAGGGUUUGAAGGGAUUUUAGAGUGCAGAAUUCAAAGAAUUGAUGUCUCGGCCCAGAGUCACAAUUACUCUGGGGCGCAGUGGACAGGUUGUGAAGAAACCCGCAUCUGUACCAGAUGAAGCAUAUGUAGAUAGAACACCUUUGACAGGUAGGAAGAGGCCUGUGAGGGAACGGCUGGGAAGCAAUCCAGACAAUAGAUCAAAUUAUGAUAACGAGGGUAACCUCAAACGUCAGCGCCGAGAUGAACGAAAAUGGAAAUAUGAUCAGGGCAGCAAUGAGGAUGGGGAUAUGACACAGUAUUCAAAUGGACGGGCUGGUGCACAAGAUCUCCGCAUGAAACUUAUACGAAAGAAGUCAUCUAGGCGCUUCCAAGGUGGCAAUAGGGGUCAGGGUGGGGUGAGAGAUCUGCGUGAAAAGCUUUCUGGCAGAUCACACUCACUGCCACCUACAACUACUAUAAGGCGGCGUGUGUCAUCAGCGAGAACAAUGGAUGGAAUUGGGCAUAUGAUCUCAUCAAGAGUAAUGAACCCAUCACAGCGUAUGUCACCUCCAAGAAAUGCAGAUUUAUCUCGUAGGAUGUCACCUCCAAGGCCCAUAAAUACAAUGCGGCAUAUAUCAUCUCCAAGGAAUAUGGACUCAUCCCGCCAUAUAUCUCCACCAAGGAACCGACAUAUAUCACCACUUAGAAACCGCCAUAUGUCACCACCAAGAACUUUAGAUACAUCACAGCAUGCUUCCUUGUUGGUAAAGGUCAACCCAAAUGCCAGGUCAAUGGAAACUAAUAAGCCAAUUUUGAGGAAUGCUGCUCCAGUUGGAAUUACUCAAAAAAAUGCAUACCCGGCCGAGGAACUGACAGUGUCAAGUCUAUUGCAAUCAUUGGGUCUGAGCAAAUAUUCAAUAAUUUUUCAGGCAGAAGAGGUGGAUAUGACUGUUUUGAGGCACAUGCGUGAUGAUGACUUGAAGGAAUUAGGAAUACCCAUGGGCCCUAGGAAGAAGAUACUCCUUGCAUUGCCUCCACACUCGAGGCGUGGAUGAGAAAACUUGUAUGAUAGAGAACUUGUAAAAUCGAACUUUUUAAACAUGCUUUAAUCCACUAUGGGGUAAAUGUGGUGCAUAUUGGUGCUGGGGAAAUUUAUUUGUAAAUGAUUAACAGCAAUCUGUGUACUGUAAAUUUGUAUGUUCCCUCAAUUACAUGCAAGUUAUCUCACAAAUUUGCAGCCUUAGCAGUUGGAUUAAUUUUGCACACUUUAUAUGGUCUCAAUCUAAAGGGUGCAGAUUCACAUUGUUGGAGUCAGAUUUGUUUUAAUAUACAGGUUAUCCUAUAAGGAAGGAUCUGAUAAGUUCAACCUUCAUAUGUAAACUAAUUAUAAGAAAACCAAAAUUUAUCAUGAGUAGAAGGUGCUCAACGUUUUUAGCUUUUUGGUAAUUUAUGAAGUGCUCAAUGCAUUAUAAGUGAAAUGAUAAUACCCUUGGCAUCAUUUGAACGGGGAAGAAUUCUUGACUUUUUGGAGGCUAUGAAGGUCUACUCAGACUAGUGGAUUUGCAAUGUACUGAAAUAUAAGUUGGAUUAUAUUUGCACA